AUGAGAUACCGCCUGCCAAAAUUCAUGCCACCGCCGGUGUCCUCCCGCCGUCAAGAAUUUUCACUUAUCCAGUACUUCGUUAUUAACCUUUGGUCCUUAAGAAGGCUUCAUAUAUUACCACUAAUAAAUUUAUUAUGCGAUGACGACCUUGAUGCCCCACACCCACUAGUACAGUCUUUCAGGAGCCAAGACUUGGCUUUACUCGAAUCAAAACUCAGCAGCUGGCUCUUUCUUUGUUUUCCAAUUCCGCAUCCACUCGAUGUAAUAAAUGGUUGUCCCUACGCCUCGAUGGUAUCUUAUUUCCCCCAUCCACGUAGCUAG